GGGAGGAGCUGAAAACGGAGAUAUAAAGCCGGACACGUUGUGGCUCCCGUAGUUUGCUGCAAUUACGUCAGUCAUGGCAGAUCACGUGGCGUUUGCUUACUUGAUCGCAGAUGAGCUGGAAGCAAUAGAAAAUCCAUUAUUUUUGCAAUACAUUGAGCACGAUGAGCAACAAAGAAUGGUUCCAAAAAUAGCCAAUUUUGUGGAGGAUGUUGUCCCUCUCUACAGUCUCUCAGAAUUUAGAAGUCAUUUCAGGCUUUCCAGAGAACAAGUGGAGGAUGUCAUCACUACCCUUGGUCCUGUGUAUAUGAAUUUACAACAGACCAAACUGCCACUCACGAACAGUGUUCUUGCCUGCCUUUGGACAUUGGUGAAUCAGGAGUCAUAUCGUGGGGUGGCAGAUAGAUUUAACAUGUCAAAAUCCACUCUUGCCAAGCAUCUCCAUGAGUUUUGUUACAAUAUUAACACAUACAUGGCCCACCACAUAUCCUGGCCCAGAGGUCAAAGGCUGGAGAUGUCAAAGUUAGGCUUUGACACAGCAGGUUUCCCCAACACUGUAUGUGCGGUAGAUGGGUGUCACAUUCCUAUAAUGAGACCCCACUGUGAUAAUCCCCUAGCAUACAUGAAUAGGAAACAGUUUUAUUCUGUAAAUUUAACUGGGUUUUGUGACAGUCAGCGGCGCUUCUGUCACAUUAGUGUGGGUCACCCUGGGAGUUGGCAUGAUGCCAGAGCAUUUCGCUUCACAGAAGUUUGUCGUGUUCUUGAAGAAGAUCCUCAUUCACUUGUUCCACAGGGAAUGCACAUAAUUGGGGAUUCUGCCUACCCUUUGUUGCCUCAACUUAUGAGGCCUUAUAGAGACAAUGGCCACUUGUCUGCUAGGCAAAGAUAUUUUAACAGAAAGCUCAAUGCAGCUCGCGUGGUCAUUGAGCAUGCGUUUGGCAUUCUAAAAUCUAAGUUUAGGAGGCUCCAUUACCUGCAAAUGAGAAGCAUUUCUAAUAUCAGCUCAGCAGUCUCAGCCUGCUGCAUUUUGCAUAAUCUUUGUUUAGAGCCCAGUGAUCAAGUUGUUGUGGUAGGUGAUGGUGUUGAUGAUGAACCAUACCCCCAGCAACCCCACAACACUAAUGCAUGUCAUUAUAGAGACCAGAUUUGUGGCCAGAUCUAACUUGUGUGUAUACUUAACAUACAAAACAAAAGAUGAAAAGUAAAGAU